AGUUGCUCCAUUCAUCCUAUCCCAAUCUCUAUAUUCUCUUUUGUCAGCAUGGCUUUGCAAAGUGAAGAAAAACUUGAGGUUGGAUACUCUAGCUUACAGCCAAAGACAAGGAAAUGGGUUCUUUUGAUGCUAAGGGUGCUUGCAUUUUUUGCCACAGCAGCUGCAACAGUUGUGAUGGGACUCAACAAAGAAACUAAAACUCUUGUGGUUGCCACUGUUGGGAGUACCCCGAUAAAAGCCUCUCUUACUGCCAAGUUUCAACAUACCCCAGCAUUUUUGUUCUUUGUGAUAGCUAAUGGAUUGGCUAGUAUCCAUAAUUUGGUGAUGAUUAUGGGGGACCUUUUUGGACAGAAGCUUGAUUACAAAGGGCUGCGCCUUGCCAUGAUUGCCAUCUUAGAUAUGAUGACAGUGGCUCUGGUUUCUGGAGGGGUUAGUGCUGCAGCUUUCAUGGCUGAGCUAGGCAAGAAUGGAAAUUCACAUGCAAGGUGGAACAAGAUCUGUGACAAGUUUGAAACCUUUUGUGACCAUGGUGGUGGCGCACUCAUUGCUUCCUUUGCUGGUCUUAUUCUUAUGCUGAUUAUUAGUGUGAUGUCUAUCAUCAAGCUUCUAAGUAAACCAAAACCAGAUAGUACCAUUGUAGUCCCAUAAUGUAGUGGACUAAGUGAAUCCUUUCACUUUGCAUCAUUUUCUGUUGUGUGUGUAUUACUCUUGAGAAUAAUCAAGAAUGUAGCCUACAACCUUCUUUAGUUCCAAGAAUUGUUACAUUGGCCAGAGAAAUGCUAUCUAGUUGCUUUUAACAA